UGAGCUGGGUGCCCCUGACCUUGUUUCGCGUUGUCGUCGUUCCUACCCAACCAGGGCCAGGCCGAAGAUGGCAGAGGGGGGCUCAGGUGAUGCCAGCUCGGGAGGCAGCCUGCGGCCAGGGCUCCCUGGGGCACGGGGGCUGCUCGGGAGGCGUCCUGCUGCCGCCCCCCUCACCCCCGGGCGCCUGCCCUCCAUCCGCUCCCGAGACCUCACCCUGGGAGGUGUCAAGAAGAAAACCUUCACCCCCAACAUCAUCAGCAGGAAGAUCAAGGAGGAGCCCAGAGAGGAUGUGUCCAUCAAGAAGGAGAAGAAGGAACGGGAUCGGGACCGGCAGCGGGAUGGGCACGGCCGCGGCCGGGGUCGGCCUGAGGUCAUCCAGUCCCACUCCAUCUUCGAGCAGGGUCCUGCUGAAAUGAUGAAGAAAAAAGCAGGCUCCUGGGACAAGGCGGUGGACAUGGCGGACUUCGGUCCUUCCCACAUCAUCAACAUCAAGAAGGAGAAGAGGGAGACGGAUGAGGAGACGAAGCAGAUCCUGAGGAUGCUGCAGAAGGAUGAUUUCCUCGAUGACCCAGGGCUGAAGAACGACAUCCGUAACAAGCCGGUGCAGCUGCCCCUGGCCCACUCGGGCUGGCUCUUCAAGGAGGAGGUGGCAGAGCAGGAGGACACCAAACCCUGGCUGCCUGCUCCCAAGGAGGAGAAGAUGGAGCUGGACCCACCAGCAGUGAAAGUGAAAGAAGAGCCCUGCGAUGAGGAGCCUGUGCCCAAGCCUGAGCAAAGCAAGGGACCUCCUGGUUUCCCACGGGAUGUCCCCGUGGCUGAGCUGCUGCAGAGGCUGAGCCUCUCAGCUGAGGAGGAGGAGCUGCUCUUCCUCCAGCUGCCCGACACGCUGCCCGGCCAGCCGCCCACCCACGACACCAAACCCAUCAAGACCGAGCUGCAGAACGAGGAAGGACAGAUGGUGGUGGUGAAGCAGGAGAAGAGCCAGGAGGCGAGGCAGGCGGAGAACACCUGCACCCUGGCAGACCUCCCCGAGGGGCAGGUGGGGAAGUUGCUCAUCCGAAAGUCGGGGAAGGUGCAGCUGGUGCUGGGCAAGGUGACCCUGGAUGUCACCAUGGGGACCCCCUGCUCCUUCUUGCAGGAGCUGGUGUCCGUUGGCAUCGGGGACAACCGGACAGGGGAGAUGAUCGUCCUGGGCCACGUGAAGCACAAACUGGUUUGCUCCCCGGACUUCGAGGCGCUGCUGGAGCACCGCCACCGGUAGCCAUGGGGGGAGCCCCCCACCCACAGCCCGUGGGGACAGCCUGGGGAUCCUGCAGCACCCUGGCUCUGCCCUCCAGCCGUGCCCUGGGGACACGGAGAGU